CCAGGCCCUCGCUCCGUGCAAGUGGGACGUCGCCCCGAUAGUGGGUGGUAUUUCCUGCUUUCUACCGGUCGUAGUUCCUACGUACCACCGCACGUACUACCGGUAGUGCAGUCACAGACGAAGGAGCGAGGAAGUAGAGUCGCUCGAUCAGUCAGAAUUUCCUUUUUUGUGAUAACUUUAGGCAGUGGAAACAUUUUCGGAAAAGAAGGGGUAAAAAACCCAUUUUUUUGGCCGUUUUGGGGAAGAGCUGCAAUAGCGGGAAACGGAUGCCGCAGGUCGAUUUUCGGACGGGUGGCAAUCUCUGGCGUUGUCGCAGGCGUGCUGAAAUCUGUCUGCUUGAAUUUAGGCAGGAAAACAGGCAAGGGGAGAGGGCGGGUGGGACAGCUCAGGUGCCGUCGUGUGGAGAGGUCGUGAGAGGGGAGAGCGGAGAGAGCGAGGGGAGGAGGACGUGGGCCGAUGGAUUUGGCGCCACGCACCUGGAGAGUGCCGCAGGAGCGGCCCUCCACGCGUCGCCUGCUCGGAUCUGUUAUCAGAUACUGCCGGCGGGGCCGUCAGGUGCAUCUUGCGGCGAGGUGACGUCAACAUCAGUGUGUCGCUACGCCGCCACUUGCGCAUGGAAGCUUCGCCGUUCUGCUGCGCUGUCGUCCGAUGGCCGGAGUCGAAAUUGCCACGUGUUCAUGGAAGGCCGCCGCGGUGGGAAGCUGAUCACCGGCUGGCGUGCGCCCACCGCCGGGUUCCGCCGCCGCACGCGCGGGCGGCAAGCGCGAGGCAGCGCCGGCGCCAUGGGGUUGGCGCGAACGAGUGGUGACAGUCGGGACCUCGGCGGGAGGAGCCGCGUGCCAUUCUGGUGCACGUGGCUUAUAGGCGACCCCACUGUCAGCUUGAUCGUAGAGGGCCUGCUGAGGAGAUUGGCGGGAAGAGGCGGGAGACGCGGGAGAUGAUAGGAGAGGGGGGGGGUAUGGACGGCCGUGAUGUAUGCCCGGAAAUCGGCGGGGAACAUGAUGGAACUCGUCUUGGUGAGGUUGGAAUUGGAGGGAGGCCGGGGCCAACUCUCUCCUGCCCGCUUCCCCCUGCUCCCCCGCUCCCCCGGUCCCGCGCUCCCCUCCAUCUCUCUGUGUUUUUUUUGUUUCUUCUGUUUUCCUUCUCUAGCUUGAUUGCUGUUCUAGAUUCCCCCCCCCCCGGCCCCCCCGCUCCCUCUCUCUCUCCCCGAUUCUCCCUCUCUCUUCGCCUCUGAUCGGGUCUCUGUCUCUGUUUCUUUCUCCUCUUGAAAUGACGAAACAGAAGGAACAAGUGAGAGAGAGAGAGAGAGAGAGAGAGAGAGAGAGAGAGAGAGAGAGAGAGAGAGAGAGAGA